AUGUCCGCUGAAAAAUGGAGGAAAAUGUUGAAAGCAGCACGUGCUUCCUUAUCAAGGCGAAGAUCCAAUAUUUAUUCCUGGUCUCCUGGGAUGCCUGGCUCCGUCUAUUGUCCUCCCAUUCCUGUGCUGAUGCUUAAUUUUCAAAACUUGCUUAUUACCAAGGGACCUACGACAUCAGCCGAGAAAUACCCUGCAAGUACAAAAUCCGUGAGCCAGCCCCGUCCGUGCAGAGGGGAGACGCUCGCCUUGCACCAGCUUUUCUUGUCCUUGUUUCCCGCACACAGCACGCGAGGGGGAGACUUUUUCUAUUUAUCGCACAUUUUGAGGGAUUUUAACGCAUUUUCUCUUUUCCACCAUCGUCGGAGAGGAGAGGAGAGGAGAGGAGAGGAGGAGGGAAGAAAACAACGUGUUUCUUUGGAGAAAAACACAAUGUCAGCGACCUUCCCGGGACUUGUCCACGACGCAGAGAUACGCCACGACGGAUCGAACAGCUACCGGCUGAUGCAGCUCGGUUGCCUGGAGUCCGUGGCCAACUCCUCGGUCGCCUACUCCUCCACCUCCCCGCUCACCUACCCGGCGCCGGCGGGCACGGAGUUCGCCUCUCCUUAUUUCUCCGCCAACCACCAGUACACUCCACUGCACCACCAGUCCUUCCACUAUGAGUUCCAGCACUCGCACCCGGCCGUGGCCCCGGAGGCCUACGGGCUCAACUCGCUCCACUCGGGCCAGUACUACCAGCAGAUCCACCACGGGGAGCCUGCGGACUUCAUCAACUUGCACAACGCGCGCUCGGCCCUCAAGUCGUCGUGUCUGGACGAGCAGCAGCGGCGGGAGCUGGGCUGCCUCGACGCUUACCGGCGACACGACCUGUCGCUCAUGACGUCACACGGCUCCCAGGCCUACGGCGUCGGGAUGCACCAUCCGGACCAGAGGCUGCUGCCCGCCGCCGGUCUGGGCCUCUCGUCGGCCGCGGACGACCUGCAGGGCUCCGUGGAAGCGCAGUGUGGGCUCGUGCUCAACGGUCAAGGGGGUGUCAUCCGGAGAGGGGGAACUUGCGUGGUGAACCCGACAGAUCUAUUCUGCUCGGUACCGGGUCGCCUGUCGCUGCUCAGCUCCACCUCGAAGUACAAAGUCACCAUCGCGGAGGUGAAACGAAGACUGUCACCACCGGAGUGCCUCAACGCUUCUCUACUGGGCGGAAUACUGCGCAGAGCCAAGUCAAAGAACGGUGGGCGGUGUCUCCGGGAGAAAUUGGACCGGCUAGGCCUCAACCUGCCGGCGGGACGGAGGAAAGCUGCCAAUGUCACACUGCUCACCUCACUGGUGGAGGGAGAGGCACUUCACCUGGCCAGAGACUUUGGCUACACCUGCGAGACGGAGUUUCCCAGCAAAGCGGUGGGCGAGCAUUUGGCCCGGCAGCACAACGAGUCGAAAGAAAACAGUGCACGCAAGAAAAUGGUUUUGGCAACAAAGCAAAUCUGUAAGGAGUUCCAGGACUUGUUGAGCCAAGAUCGUUCUCCUUUGGGCUCCUCCCGACCGACACCCAUCCUGGACCUGGACAUCCAGAGACACCUGACACACUUCAGUCUUAUCACUCACGGUUUUGGUACACCGGCGGUUUGCGCAGCUCUCAGCACUUUCCAAACAGUCCUGAGCGAGAUGCUCAACUACCUGGACAAAAACUCAAGCGGCAAAACAAGCGGACCGAACGAUCAACAGAUCAACGGCAGCUCGGAAAAGUCGCAGCUACGCAAAGUGGCGGAGCCCCAGAGCAAAGACGGCAAAACUGAAAAGACAGAGUAG